AUGUCGCAGGCUGUACCGCUCUCGGGUGUCUGCAAUGCUUUUUCCCUGGAAAUUAAAGCCAGCCCUAAAGUGCGAGCUUUCAUUGGGGAACAGGUGUCGCUGAAAUGCUCAUUCAAAUCCAGUUCUCCCAUCACUGAGAGCCUGACGGUUGACUGGACGUACCGGCCCCUCACAGGUGGUCAGAUGGAGACAGUUUUUCAUUACCAGUCUGUUCCGUACCCAACAACAGUGGGAAGGUUCAAGGACAGGAUAUCCUGGGUUGGGAACGUCGCCAAGGGUGAUGCUUCCAUCGCUAUCCAAAGCCCGGUGACGAAUGACAAUGGGACGUUCAUCUGCAGCGUGAAGAAUCCUCCCGAUGUGUACCAUAACAUCCCCCAGACAACGCUGGUGGUUACGGAGAGGGGCCUCUCCUUCCAGCUGACUUCCGCCGUGCUGCUGUCCACUGUAGUGUUUCUCCCGUCCGUCGUCGUGGUCGUUCUGCUGUUGGUAAGGAUGGGAAGGAAAUGUGGAGUGCUACAGGAGAAAAAGAAGCCUGGCUGUAAGAAAUCCUCCAUCGAAGUGUCCGAUGAGCCUGAACGACCGGAGACAGACGGCUGCAUGAGGAAACUCAGAGACUGCUGUCUGAACUGCGUGGCUCCCAGCUGGGCUAGUGGCUGCCUUGAGAGGCUGAACAUCCGGGCAGCAAAGAUCGUGGCCCUCUCCGAAGAACUGAAGGAAGUCGUCUUCUGA